AGUACUCUAGACGUACUGAAUUUAUCUUUGCAAGAGAUUAAAAAUCUCAAACUGCAAAUGAACGUAAUUAAUCUCAACACGUGAUAAACGUGGAAAUAUAUCACACCAACUUAAGAUCUGGAAUACAUCGGUAUUUAACAGAAAAAAUGGUACUGUAAUAUAUGUACCAGAUUUAACGGUAUAUAACAGGAAUAAAAUCACUGCUAGAAUUAACUGCAAAACAAGUUUUGGCCUAUUCAAUAAUAGGUAAAACCACAAGGGUUAGAGUGCAAAACUUGCAAAGAGAUAAGAUUUUCUAUCUCUUUCUCACGAGCAGUUCGUGUGGGGAUUUCUCCCGUAUUGCACCGCCACGCAUUGGCUUGGCUUGCCGGCCUGGGCUGUGCCUGGGGCGCCGUUGCGCGGGGGAUCCGGCGGCUAUCGCGGAUGGGCGGCCACAGGCAUGGCGCCGCUGGUGGUCGGCAGGGAGAGGUCGGAAGGCCACGGUCGUCGCGCCGUCAGACGACGGCCGAGCGAGGUCGGGCGAGCGCAGCCGCGGGCAGGCGCGGGCGGGCUCGGGCGAGGGCGGUCGCGGCCAGAAGCGGGCGGGCUCAGGCGAGCGCUGUCGCGGCCAGGCGCGGGCGGGUACGGCCACGGCCCGGCACGGCUGGGCGCGGGGCCGCGGGCACGACCACGGCCUUGCGCAGGGCGUGGCGCGGGUGGCAUGUGCGCCUCGCGUUGGGAGUCGACGAAGACGACGCCAUAGGCGGACGAUACGGGAAGGAGACCGAGGCCGCGUUGGGAAGCCAUCGAGGCUGGGGCCGUGCGCCGCCGCUGCAACGGGACGAGCCUCGUGGCGCAGCGCAAGCGGCCUGGCGGACGGGCGCUGGGCACGGGCGGGCGCGGCGCGGUGGACGCGAUCUGCAGCGCCGUGGCCAGAUCCUGGCGCUGCCGACCACAGCGUCGGCGGGCAAGUGCGAGCGCCGCCAUGGCCAGAUGCGGGCACGAGCGGGCGGGUCCGGCCACGGCUUGACGGUGUCAUCCCCGUGCUCGGCGCUGAUGAUGCCGGGGGGCAGGAAUGGUUGCCACGCCCUGGUCGAAAGAGGUCACGCCGGCAGGAGCGACGUCAAUGCAAGGGGCGUCAACCGUGCCAAAGAGCAUCGCGGCCUUGUUGUCGUCGUCUCCUAUGUGUUGCCGGUUAGAGCGUGCUAAUAACGAAUUAGAAUGAAUCCUCAUCCCCUUUUAUUAGAUGAAUAUGGAUAUAUAUACAAGGAGAAAAGAUGCAAUGAAGAGGCAUUUAUUCGG